UAAAUACAAGGUGAAAAGCGCUAUGGGCCCAGCCCAUUGACAAACCGGCUGUUGCCCACGUGUGCCAGUGUCUACGUGUCACAUACGGCGAUAACGCGCGGAGGCGCAGCCGCCGCCGGUGGCGACGAGCACCGUACAGCAACCAACAAACCGAUGCCGCUCGUCGUCGGCUGCCCCCGCCGCGGCCCGCCGCCGAGGCCCGCCGGCCGCGCCCAGCGCCCGCCUCCACCGCACUCCGUCGCGCCCAAGCGCGCCUCCUCCUCCUCCUCCUCCACCACUCCUCCGCUGCUAACCACCAGAAGGGCGGCAUCCGCCGCCUCGCUGCUCCUCGCCGCCCUCCCCCCGUUCCCCGCCUCGUCGCCGCAACUCCCCGUGGCAUCCGCGAAGGAAGACGAUGAAGCAGAAGCGAGAGAGGGCGAGGGAGAGCUGGAACUGGAACUGGAACUGGAACUGGAGCGGUACACUGACCGGGACGAGGGCUUCACCCUGCUCAAGCCCGUCUCGUGGCCCAAGGUGGAGAAGGCCGGGGCGACGGCGCUCUUUCAGCAGGAGGGGAAAGGGAGUAACAAUAUUGGUAUCGUUGUUAAUCCCGUCCGCCUAUCGACGCUGACAGAGUUUGGCACACCGCAAUUUGUCGCUGAAAGGCUGAUUCAGGCUGAGAAGAAAAAGGAAAGCACCAAAUCUGCAGAGGUUAUUUCUGCUGAAGAGAGAUCAGGCCAUGAUGGCCUGACAGUGUAUGAAAUCGAAUACUUACUGGAUAGUACAAGGGGAGGGAUGAAGAGGAUAUUUUCGGCUGCAUUUGUUGCUUCUAGGAAGCUCUAUCUGUUAAAUAUAGCCCACUCGGAUAGCCAGGAGAAGCCCUUGGACAGCCAGACUAGAAAUGUUCUUGAACAAGUUCUCCAUUCUUUUGAUUCUGUAUAGUUGCUUUCUUUUAACAGGAGAGGCAUUCCUUUCUCUUGUCUGUUCCCAUAACAUUGUUCUUUUGCAACCAUUAAUCGAAAUGCCUGUAUCUUUGUGUUAAUAUGGUAUUUUUAGAAAUACAUUAUAACCUGUUUCCCAAAUA